UCAAUUCAUGUGAAAUUGUCGAUUUGGAAGCCUCCGGGCGGCAAAACACACGCCACUCCACUCCAAAUGUCCACUCGCCGCUCCUCCGUCUCCCCUUUCCGCUACCGGAAGGCUCCGGCUCCAGCUCCCCCGGCCUGCUCCGCUGUUGUAUUCUCCUCGUCUUCUUCGACUGCCUCUGCUGGGGCGUUGCUCUCCAAGCAUCCAGCUACGCUGGCCCAGCCCAGCAAAGCAAAAGAGAAUGUCACCGUCACUGUGCGAUUUCGUCCUCUCAGUUCUAGGGAGAUCAGCAAAGGAGAUGAAGUGGCUUGGUAUGCUGAUGGAGACUGCAACGUGCGCAAUGAGUUCAACUCUGACAUUACAUAUGGAUUUGACAGGGUAUUUGGUCCUGCGACAACUACGCGCCAAGUUUAUGAUGUUGCGGCACAGCAUGUUGUGAGUAGUGCAAUGAAAGGAGUAAAUGGGACCGUAUUUGCAUAUGGAGUUACUAGCAGUGGGAAGACACAUACAAUGCAUGGGGAGCAAAAAUCUCCUGGAAUCAUUCCAUUGGCUGUUAAGGAUGUCUUCGGAAUUAUACAAGAGACACCUGGAAGGGAAUUUCUCCUCCGAGUUUCUUAUCUGGAAAUUUACAAUGAGGUCAUCAAUGACUUGCUUAAUCCCACCGGACAGAAUCUUAGAAUAAGAGAGGACUCUCAGGGCACAUAUGUGGAGGGAAUAAAAGAAGAGGUUGUUCUAUCGCCUGCUCAUGCUCUUUCUCUGAUAGCCUCUGGUGAAGAGCACAGGCAUGUGGGUUCUAAUAAUUUCAAUCUGCUCAGCAGUCGAAGCCACACAAUAUUUACCUUGACUAUCGAAAGCAGUCUCACUGGGGAAAGUGAAGAUGUGACCUUAUCACAAUUGCAUUUAAUUGAUUUGGCAGGAUCUGAAAGUUCCAAAACUGGCACAAUUGGGUUGAGGAGAAAAGAGGGUUCAUACAUAAAUAAAAGCUUACUUACACUUGGCACUGUGAUAUCCAAACUAACAGAUGGAAAAUCUACUCACAUACCAUAUCGAGAUUCAAAGUUGACACGUUUGUUGCAGUCUUCUCUCAGUGGUCAUGGUUGUGUUUCUCUUAUUUGCACAGUGACACCUGCCUCUAGCAAUACUGAAGAAACACACAACACUCUUAAGUUUGCACAACGUAGUAAGCAUGUUGAAAUUAAAGCCUCUCCAAACAAGAUCCUGGAUGAAAAGUCUCUCAUUAAAAAAUAUCAGAAAGAAAUAUCCAAUCUAAAGCAAGAACUUGAGCAGUUGAAGCGUGGUAUGAUGGAGAAAGAACAUUUGACAGCACCAAGCCGAGAAGAUCUUGUUAAUAUAAAGCUCCAGUUGGAAGCAGGGCAAAUUAAGUUACAGUCAAGAUUGGAAGAGGAGGAACAAGCCAAAGCUGCUUUAAUGGGGAGGAUUCAGAGAUUAACCAAGCUUAUCUUGGUUUCUACAAAAACCUCAACUCAAUCAAAUAUGCUUGAAGAGCCUAGCCACAGGCGAAGGCAUUCAUUUGGGGAAGAUGAGCUAGCCUAUUUGCCAGAUAGAAAACGUGGAUGCGUAAUUGAUGAGGACAAUGGAAGUGUUGACUCUGAAAGGUCUGUGGAUGGCAAGAUUGAUGCGACAAAUCUUGAUGAGUUGGUUCAAGAUUACAAAAGGAAUACGAGGAGAGGGAUGCUUGGAUGGUUUAAACUAAGGAAGCCUGAGGCUGUUUCAUCACCAAGUACUGAUCAUGAUAGUUCUGCAAGUGGUUCUCCUGCUUCCUCAUCAAAAUUGUCUGGACGCAAAGUUAUGUUUAGUGAUAUUAAAGAUGCACGGAGGAAGUCUGUCAGCGGGAAAGUGGAUGAGACUUCUGCUGCAGCUUUUCCUGAAAGAACUCAAGCUGGUGACUUGUUCAGUGCAGCUGCUGGAGUAAAGCGUCUUCCACCGACUGGGAGCACCAUCACAGAUCAAAUGGAUCUUCUACGUGAGCAAAUAAAGAUGUUAGCGGGAGAGGUGGCCUUAGCUACAAGUUCGCUGAAAAGAGUUUCAGAGCAAGCAGCUAAGAAUCCUGAUGAUUCCAAACUUCAGGAAAGCAUGCAAAGAUUGAAGGAUGAAAUAAGAGGAAAGAAGCGUCAAAUGCGGAUUUUGGAGCAACGAAUGAUUGGAUCCAUAGAGCUAUCUCCUUAUGGUUCAAGCAUUGUCGAGAUGUCUCAGGCUUUGUCAAGGCUUGCUACUCAGCUGAAUGAAAAAACUUUUGAGCUUGAGAUCAAAUCAGCAGAUAACAGGAUCCUCCAGGAGCAGCUACGGGGGAAGACAAUGGAGAAUAACGAGAUGCAGGAAACCAUUACUCAGUUGAAACAGCAGAUUGAAUCCUUGAUGCAACAUAAAAAUUCAAAAAGUGCAGAUAGCACCACUAGAAUGAACAGUGCUGAGAGAUCGAUAGAGGUUAUGAAUGAAAAGGGAUAUGACAUUAUUUCAUACGAUGAAACUUCCAUGGACGAAAAUACACCAACAAGUGCAGGCAGCCUGAAUAAAAUAUUCAACCAUGAUGGCACAUCUUCAAAGUCUCGGCUUCUUGUGCAGGCUGCUGAGAUAGAGUCGCUGAAACAUGAAAUGGAUAAGCUUACUGAAGAGAAGGAUGAGAUAGAGAUUCAGUGCCAAAAACAAACUGAGGAAGCUUCCUAUGCUAAAGAACUUGCAUCUGCAGCAGCAGUUGAGCUGCGGAACUUGGCAGAAGAAGUAACAAAGCUAUCCUACCAAAAUGCAAAACUCACUGCUGAUCUGGCUUGUUGCAAGGCCAACUGCUGUAAAAAAUCAACUCCUGUUACAAAGCACAAUGGAGUGAGUAUACAGUUACAACCUGGACGUGACUCCUCCUCACACAUGAGAAAGUCAGGGGAGGGAUUAUCUAUGGAGGAGUUUGAGGUGGAGCUGAAUGCAAGAUACCAAAGAGAAGCCUCUUUGGUUGCCGCAUUAGCAGAAAGGGACAGAAUAGAAGGUGAUCUACGGAAGAGAUUCGACGAUGCAAAAAGGCGUGAAGAGAAGUUGGAAAAUGAGCUUGCUAACAUGUGGGUUUUGGUAGCAAAGCUGCGGAAAGGGCAUGGAGUAUCUGAUGUAUUAUUAGAGAGCAAUUUAUUGAAUGGAUCUGCUACUGCUGCUGCAUUAUCAUCUGACAACGUCCAGAAGUGUGAGAUGAUCAGUUUGAUUGAGGAGGAGUCUAAAGCAUGUUGUUAUCAAGAAGCCGAAGCUGGAGCUGGAAGAAGAAAUUGCAAGGAGGUUGACGACUUUGGAGUAAAGGGUUGGAGUAAUCCUCUAUAGACGACGACGAUGAUGAUGAUGAUAGCAUGGCAUCCAUAAUCACACCAGUUCAGUUCAGUCCAGUCCACACCCACCACCAUAAUUGGAUCUUCUGGUCUGGGUGAAAGAAACCUCGUCUGCACCGUGAUUGUGUGAGUGCCUUGCCUGCUUGCCUCCCUCCCUACAACUACAACUACAAUAUAAUGUAUUGAUAGAUAAUACAAUUAAGAACCAACAACUGUCGAGAAGGCAUGAUGUAAAGUACUAGUAAGUAGUAAGUAUCCAUCCUGAUCCAGGCAGGCUCCAGCUGACAUGCCUGUCUGUCUGUCUGUUUUUAUUAAGGAAAAAAAGGGAAGUUUAAUUUGUGAUCAAAUUUUGUUGUUUCUGGGUUAUUU